AUGUAUUCAGGAGUCUAUUUUACUCGCUACUUUGCGGUUGGGACCUAAACUAGCAUCACCUAGCGUCAGGAAGACAUCUCGCUUCACGAACCAAAUCUUCUGGAUGAUCACGUGCCUUGUAUUCCCCAUAUGACUUCACUACCAUUAUUAAAUAUUUUUUUUCUUCCAUUAAAACGCAAUUCGGUCGCAUAUAUUUAGCUCAAACGGUCUACCUUGCUUAGAGCCUUCGUAACAAAUUUUUUUCCCCGCAUUCAAGCACUUUUUAUGUAAAAAGAAUCAAUUUUUGUAAGUUCGCCCUAUACAAUCCCGUGUAUUCUCGGGAGUUACGAACAUUUAACCUCAAACCCAUGGCCAGGUAUGAUUAGAUGGUAUUGGUGUUUCUCGAAGAAGUUUCUUCACCUCGAUUUCGCCAUCGCAGUUCAAUACACUUUCUCACCGGUAAUCUACUGGAAAGUUCUUUGGUUUUAAUUAAGUGACCGUUUUUUCAUUUAAUUUACCAUAUUUUAUCCGUGAAGAUCUCGAACUAGAUCAGAUUUUUUACUCUCGUGCCGUACUUUAAACAGUUCAGAUCAUCAAGCUACCGUCGUUGUUGUUGUUGAAUCCGUCUCCGCGUUUGAUCGAUAAAUUUUCCACUUACUUAUUACGUGGUUUAUUUCUGAACAAGUUUCACUCAUCCUGCAUGCGGUAUAGAAACGUUAUUCAGCUAUUUUCGUCGACUGUAAACGUACAUUUUAACAAGCGUUGUUUUUGGAAAGUGUGAUGUCAGUUCCCCAGCAUGACACUCUCGAAGAUUUUGAUAUCACCACCGACGAAUUGGGCAAGAUCAAGGAAGCUCUGAAGAAUCAGGAGUUUCGGGAUCUAUUUAAGAAUUACGUUGAAGAAAUCAACGACCCGGAAAAUAGGAAGCUUUACGAAAAAGAAAUUGUCCAGCUCGAGCGUGAGAGAGGGUAUGCUGUUGAAUUCAUUCAUCCCAAGAUUGGUUAUGUUAUCAAAACAAGCUCCAACGGCACCACUAAAACCUACAUCAAUGUCUGUAGCAAUCCCAAUAUUGAGCCACCCAGCUCUGCAAAAUCCAAUCAAAAUGGUAGCAGCGGUCUCAAUUGGUCGAUUCCGUACCUGCUGACUCCGCUCAAGAAAAUAUUUGGUCGCAACAAAAAUAUUCUCCAUGUUUACGACGCUGUUUUCCAUCCUGAUACAUUACAUCUUGCCAAUAAAAAUGAAAAGUUCCGAGAUGCUGUCAACCACACGGCUUUGGAAGGUGUCGAGUCAAGCUUUAAGAUCGAGCUAGACAAGAAAAAUUUAAAAUUUUUAAAUGUCAAGUACAAAGGUGCUCAACAACCAACUGUUGUUCGUAAAAAACUGAAUAAUGUGGAUGCCCCUCCAAAAUAUGAUGCCGAUGACAUUAUCAACAAGUUGAAAUUCGGUGAACACAAAGUGUUCCAGCCUGCACCGAAUGAGACAACUAAAUUAGAUGAGUCCGUAUCUAAAGAGAACUCUCCACAUUACCAUUUGCCAGACUCUGAUUAUGCCGUACCUAAAUACAGACUGAAGUACCGGAGCAGUAUAGACUAUCAAGACUUCACUGAUGAUUCAUUGAGUAAAAUCAAUGCUGCCACUCCAAAGGAACUUGUUGUGAUUGUGUCUCUACCACUUCUGAAAUCAACAUCUGAUGCCAAUUUAGACAUCACAGGCGAAAAACUGUCUUUGGUUUGUGAAACUCCUGCCAAGUACAAAUUAGAAAUUAAUUUACCUUACAGCGUGUAUGAAAGCAAAGGCAAGGCUGUAUUUGAUAAGAGCCUCAGAACACUAACUGUCACCUUACCUGUGGCAAAAAUAGAAGAGAAUCUGGUCAAAGCAUUUGAGUAUCUUCGAGAGGACAGCGGUGUCGAAAGUGAUCGAACAAGCGGCACAAGUUCCAUUGAAGAUGAUUCUGCUUUCUCUAGUGAUGGAAAGACUAACAUCCUUGAUGAUGAGCAAGGAUGUUCUGCUGAAGAGUGCGCCAAUCCUGAUUGUGAUAUUUUAGAGUCUCCCAAAAAUUGUGAUAAAAAUAUUCAUUACUCGUUUCCUAAAUUUACCACUAACUACACAGAUUCAACCCUUGCAUUUACGCUACAUAUCAAGAACAUAGACGCCUCUUCACUUUCAAAAAAGCUGCUCAAGAACAACACAGCUAUUUUGUUGCAUCUCUAUUCCAUUGGAUCUGGACACUUUCCAUCUUACUACAGUUUUUAUGUGGAUCUUACAAAGCCUUUUGAACCAAGUGCUGUGAAUGUUGAGAUUUGGGAUAAUAGUGUGAUAGUUCAUAUCUCACUACAUUCUGAGCCUCUGAAAAGCAUCAGUUACUACUAUGUUGGUCUAAAUGAGAAUGAUUGCAACCUGUCAAAACUUGAACUGCCGCAUCCUGCAGUUGUUGCUGAAAAUUUCUGUAAAGUGAAGGAUCAGUGCAAACACAACGAAAAUUACGGCAUUACAGUUUCUAAAAAUGAUGCAAAAGAGGUCAACAUUGAUUUAUACCCUAUUACAGACUCAAAGGUAUCCAAAAAUACUGCUGAAAAGGUAUCAAUCAAUUCCAACAGUGAUGAUGAGCUAGUAAAUGGAAAUAAUGUUGAAACUGAGACAAAUGUAAAACCGCAACAAGAAGAGAGCUCCAAGCCGAAUCAAAAAUCCUCAAGGAGGAAAAAGCGACGGUGCAACUCUGUGGGCAGUGAAUUCGCGGCGGAAGCAAGUGACUUGCCAAGUUCAAUUGAUAAUUACAACUUUGCCAAGAUAGGCUCCAUUAAGCAAAGGCGAGGCAUCCUCAAGUACAGCCGCAGUUUGUCGGAGUCCGAGCCAGCUGAUUUCAGUCUAUACUCGAGUGAAUAUUCCUGCUCACUCCAUGAUUGCUCUGAGUUUUGUCGUCAUGACAACAGCAAUCAUAAGAGUCACGACAAGAGAGUCCGUUUCAGUGAUGUUGUCAGCAGUAAAACUUUUAGGAGUAAUGUGAGUAUCCUCAGCCAGAACAAGCGGAAACAGAAAAAACAAAAGUACAAGAAGCGUGCUCAGGAGCGUAGAGCUAGUGAAAGUGAAACUGAAGGUGAUGUGGACCUGGCAUCUGACGAUUCACACCAUCGAAUUCCUGCUAAUCAAAAUCAUGAAGUGGAAGAAAAUGCUUCCAUCUCAGAAACAUCUGGAGACACCUCUGACGGCAGUGAUUGCUAUGACCACCAGUCGUCUAAACCCCCACAGAGAAACAGUAAAGCGCGCAGCCGUAAGAAUUGGCAAAAGACAAAAGGUGCCAACACAAAACUGCGAGUCCUCAAUGACCUCAUCUUCCAGCUUGAUGAUGUCUAAUGAUGAAGUGUCAAUUAUUAUCGAAUGAAUGAAUCAGCUUUGUUUGCAGAGUUGCAAAGUUUGCAGUAAUCAGGUUUUGAAUGUGUGCCUUGCAUGAUCUCAUCUAAUAAUCUCUUUUGCCUAUUUUUCAGUCAUUCAUUGAAGUGAUUAAUUCACAAAUUUUUUGUAAAUUACAAAUUACAUUUAUUCGUUGAAAGAGCCAGUCAGCAUUAGGCAAAUGUAAAUUCUUUUAUGAGAAUUACGUUUCAUUCUUUUAAACUCGACCCAAAUGUAUUCGAGAAAUUCCAUAACAUUUUUCUGAAGUUCAAAAUAUUUGCUCUAUAUCAUGGAAAUUCCCUCUUUUUAAGACUUAUUAAAAUUAAAAGAUUCACCUGCAACUAGUUUCAGUCGUCAAAAAAAGAGACAAAAUAUGAAGGAUUAUUAUGUAAUUGUCGUUUUGCACGGCUCCAAAAAUAAGAAUUCAUUCUGAAAAUCAGAAUAAAAUGAGGUUUUUAGCUGACAUUUAUCCUAUCAAUAUCCGAGAAGUGUACAUGCAAAUUUCAAUGGAUACAGUGCCUUCCUUCAUGCCCCCUGUGUUCCAAUAUUUUUAAAUAUACUAUACAUUUGAGACUCAAGUUCGUAAAAGCAAUCACAGUAUCUCAAUCUACAUUGAACAAGUACUAAAGCUGCUUGCCGUUGGCUGAAUGUUUUAAAAGAGCAGAUAAAAAAAAUAUAAUUUUUCAUAACUCACUAAAUGUUAUUAUUGAAAAAAGCAGAAUGGUCUACUGUGGCAAAACUAAUUGCUUUGUCAGAAGUUAUCUGUUUUUAGUAAUUCAGUGAUGAAAUUUAAAUUUGCUUUUCAUGAGAGGGCACCGGUUUAAUUACUCUUUUGAGUUUUAAAAGUCUUGAUUUGUGCGAUAUCAAUGUUCUCAGGUGCAGUUUUAUACCCAGCAUACACAAUCGUCGAGUAUAUAAAAAAUCAUUGUUAUUUUUUGCAUUUUAAAUUUUAAUUUAUUUCACUAAUCAUUCUUGUUAAUUAGUUUUUAUUAUAUAAACCAUAAGGACAAACCGUUGAUUCAUCAAGACUUAUUAUUUUUUAAAUAUUUGUUAUGAUAAAUAUCCUAAAAUUUUAGUCGCACACAUUUAUUCUGCUGUUAUUCAUCAUUCUUUAAUUUGUAUGCUUCUUUUACAUGCACUGAAAAGCAUGAUAUAAUCUAGUAUCUUAUUGAACAUAAAUAAUUAAUUAUCAUCAAA